GAGAUGAGGAGAUAGGCGGGAGCGAGGGAGCGAAGGAGGUAGAGAAGAGCGGAGGAGAGGGGAGGGAGUGCAGCUUGGUUGCUCCGUAGUACGGCGGCUCGCAAGGGAGAAUCCCGAGCGGGCUCCGGGACGUACGGAGAGGCGGGCGGGCGGGGAUGGUGUGCAGGGCUGCGGCUCCUGCGUUCCCUCCCGCUGCGAGUGAGCUGCACUGAUUUGUCCCUGGGGCGGCAGCGUGGACCCGCCUGGAGAUGAGACGUCCAUUAGCAAGGUGAAAGUAACAGAAACAUGGCUCAGUUUCCAACACCUUUUGGUGGUAGCCUGGAUAUUUGGGCCAUAACUGUAGAGGAAAGAGCAAAGCAUGAUCAACAGUUCCAUAGUUUAAAGCCAAUAUCUGGAUUUAUUACUGGUGAUCAAGCUAGAAACUUUUUUUUUCAAUCUGGGUUACCUCAACCUGUUUUAGCACAGAUAUGGGCGCUUGCUGAUAUGAAUAAUGAUGGAAGAAUGGAUCAAGUGGAGUUUUCCAUAGCUAUGAAACUCAUCAAACUGAAGCUACAAGGAUAUCAGCUCCCCUCCGCACUUCCCCCUGUCAUGAAACAGCAACCAGUUGCUAUUUCUAGUGCACCAGCGUUUGGUAUGGGAGGUAUCGCCAGCAUGCCACCGCUGACCGCUGUUGCUCCAGUGCCAAUGGGUUCCAUUCCUGUUGUCGGAAUGUCUCCCCCGCUAGUAUCCUCUGUUCCUGCGGCAGGAGUGCCUCCUCUGGCUAACGGGACGCCCCCUGUCAUACAGCCUCUGCCUGCAUUCACUCAUCCUGCAGCCACAUUGCCAAAGAGUUCUUCCUUUAGUAGAUCUGGUCCAGGGUCACAGUUAAACACUAAAUUACAGAAGGCACAAUCAUUUGACGUGGCUAGUGUUCCUCCCGCAGCUGAAUGGGCUGUUCCUCAGCCAUCCAGACUGAAAUACCGACAGUUAUUCAACAGUCAUGACAAAACCAUGAGUGGACACUUAACAGGUCCCCAAGCAAGAACUAUUCUUAUGCAGUCAAGUUUACCACAGGCUCAGCUGGCUUCAAUAUGGAAUCUUUCUGACAUUGAUCAAGAUGGAAAACUCACAGCAGAAGAAUUUAUCCUGGCUAUGCACCUAAUUGAUGUAGCUAUGUCUGGCCAACCACUGCCACCGGUCCUGCCCCCAGAAUACAUUCCACCUUCCUUUAGAAGAGUUCGAUCUGGCAGUGGUAUAUCUGUCAUAAGCUCAACUUCGGUAGAUCAGAGGUUACCAGAGGAACCAGUUUUAGAAGAUGAACAGCAACAACUAGAAAAGAAAUUACCUGUAACCUUUGAAGAUAAGAAGCGUGAGAACUUUGAACGUGGCAAUCUGGAGCUGGAGAAACGGAGACAAGCGCUCUUGGAGCAGCAGCGCAAAGAACAAGAGCGCCUGGCCCAGCUGGAGAGGGCGGAGCAGGAGAGGAAGGAGCGGGAACGCCAGGAACAGGAGCGCAAGAGGCAGCUGGAGCUGGAGAAGCAGCUGGAAAAGCAGCGGGAGCUAGAACGUCAGAGAGAGGAGGAGCGCAGGAAAGAAAUCGAGAGGCGAGAGGCUGCAAAACGGGAGCUUGAAAGGCAACGACAGCUUGAAUGGGAACGGAAUCGAAGACAAGAACUGUUAAAUCAAAGAAACAAAGAACAAGAGGACAUAGUUGUGCUGAAAGCAAAGAAAAAGACUUUGGAAUUUGAAUUAGAAGCUCUAAAUGAUAAGAAGCAUCAACUAGAAGGAAAACUUCAAGAUAUCAGAUGUCGAUUGACAACCCAAAGGCAAGAAAUUGAGAGCACAAACAAAUCUAGAGAGUUGAGAAUUGCUGAAAUCACCCACCUACAGCAACAAUUACAGGAGUCUCAGCAAAUGCUUGGAAGACUUAUUCCAGAAAAACAGAUACUCAAUGACCAAUUAAAACAAGUUCAGCAGAACAGUUUGCACAGAGAUUCACUUCUUACACUCAAAAGAGCCUUAGAAGCAAAAGAACUAGCUCGGCAGCAGCUACGAGACCAACUGGAUGAAGUGGAGAAAGAAACUAGAUCAAAACUACAGGAGAUUGAUAUUUUCAAUAAUCAACUGAAGGAACUAAGAGAAAUACAUAAUAAGCAGCAGCUACAGAAACAGAAGUCCAUAGAGGCUGAACGACUGAAACAGAAAGAACAAGAGCGAAAGAUUAUAGAAUUAGAAAAACAAAAAGGAGAAGCCCAAAGACGAGCUCAGGAAAGGGACCAGCAGUGGCUGGAGCACGUGCAACAAGAAGAUGAGCAUCAGCGGCCAAGAAAACCCCACGAGGAGGAAAAACUCAAAAGGGAAGAGAGUGUCAAAAAGAAGGAGAGUGAGGAAAAGGGCAAACAGGAAAUGCAAGACAAGCUGAGUCGGCUUUUCCAUCAACAAGAGCCAGCUAAGCCAGCUGUCCAAGCACCCUGGUCCACUGCAGAAAAAGGUCCACUUAGCAUUUCUGCACAGGAGAAUGUAAAGGUGGUGUAUUACCGAGCACUCUAUCCCUUUGAGUCCAGAAGUCACGAUGAAAUCACGAUCCAGCCAGGAGAUAUAGUCAUGGUGGAUGAAAGCCAAACUGGAGAACCGGGUUGGCUUGGAGGAGAAUUAAAAGGAAAGACAGGAUGGUUCCCUGCAAACUACGCAGAGAAAAUCCCAGAAAACGAGGUUCCUGCCCCAGUCAAACCAGUGACUGAUGCUGCCUCCACCCCUGCACCCAAACUGGCUGUACGUGAGACCCCUGCUCCUUCCGCGGUGACCUCUGCAGAGCCCUCUGCGACCCCCAACAACUGGGCCGACUUCAGCUCCACGUGGCCCACCAGCACGAACGAGAAACCAGAAACCGACAACUGGGAUGCAUGGGCAGCCCAGCCCUCCCUCACCGUUCCAAGCGCCGGGCAGUUGAGACAGAGAUCAGCCUUCACUCCAGCCACAGCCACGGGCUCCUCUCCAUCUCCUGUUUUAGGCCAGGGCGAAAAGGUGGAGGGGCUACAAGCACAAGCCCUGUAUCCUUGGAGAGCCAAAAAAGACAACCAUUUAAAUUUUAACAAAAAUGAUGUCAUCACAGUCCUGGAGCAGCAAGACAUGUGGUGGUUUGGAGAAGUUCAAGGCCAGAAGGGGUGGUUCCCCAAGUCCUACGUGAAACUCAUUUCAGGGCCCAUAAGGAAAUCUACGAGCAUGGAUUCUGGUUCUUCAGAAAGUCCUGCUAGUCUAAAGAGAGUAGCUUCCCCAGCAGCCAAGCCGGCCGUGUCAGGAGAAGAAUUUAUUGCCAUGUACACUUACGAGAGUUCUGAGCAAGGCGAUUUAACCUUUCAGCAAGGGGAUGUGAUUUUGGUUACCAAGAAAGAUGGUGACUGGUGGACAGGAACAGUGGGCGACAAGUCCGGAGUCUUCCCUUCUAACUAUGUGAGGCUUAAAGAUUCAGAGGGCUCUGGAACUGCUGGGAAAACAGGGAGUUUAGGAAAAAAACCCGAAAUUGCCCAGGUUAUUGCUUCCUACACUGCUACUGGUCCCGAGCAGCUUACCCUGGCCCCUGGUCAGCUGAUUUUGAUCCGAAAAAAGAACCCAGGUGGAUGGUGGGAAGGAGAGCUGCAAGCACGUGGGAAAAAGCGCCAGAUAGGCUGGUUCCCUGCUAACUAUGUCAAACUUUUAAGCCCUGGGAUGAGCAAAAUCACUCCAACAGAGCCACCUAAGCCCGCAGCAUUCCCAGCAGUGUGCCAGGUGAUCGGGAUGUACGAUUACACCGCGCAGAAUGACGACGAGCUGGCCUUCAAUAAGGGCCAGAUCAUCAACGUCCUCAACAAGGAGGACCCCGACUGGUGGAAAGGAGAAGUCCACGGGCAAGUGGGGCUCUUCCCGUCCAAUUACGUGAAGCUGACCACAGACAUGGACCCCAGCCAGCAAUGGUGUUCAGACUUACACCUCUUGGAUAUGUUGACCCCAACUGAGAGAAAGCGACAGGGAUACAUCCACGAGCUCAUCGUCACGGAGGAGAACUAUGUGAAUGACCUGCAGCUGGUCACGGAGAUCUUUCAGAAACCCCUGAUGGAGUCUGAGCUGCUGACAGAGAAAGAGGGUGCUAUGAUUUUUGUUAACUGGAAGGACCUGAUUAUGUGUAAUAUCAAACUGCUGAAAGCGCUGAGAGUUCGCAAGAAGAUGUCUGGGGAGAAGAUGCCUGUGAAGAUGAUCGGGGACAUCCUGACUGCCCAGCUGCCACACAUGCAACCCUACAUCCGCUUCUGCAGCUGCCAGCUCAACGGGGCUGCCUUGAUCCAGCAGAAGACAGAUGAGGCCCCCGACUUCAAGGAGUUUGUCAAAAGACUGGCCAUGGACCCUCGCUGUAAGGGAAUGCCACUCUCUAGUUUUAUACUGAAGCCUAUGCAACGGGUAACGAGAUACCCACUGAUCAUUAAAAAUAUCCUGGAAAACACUCCUGAAAACCACCCAGACCACAGCCAUUUGAAGCAUGCCCUGGAGAAGGCAGAGGAGCUGUGCUCCCAGGUGAACGAAGGGGUGCGGGAGAAGGAGAACUCGGACCGGCUGGAGUGGAUCCAGGCCCAUGUGCAGUGUGAAGGCCUGUCUGAGCAACUUGUGUUCAAUUCAGUGACCAACUGCUUGGGGCCACGCAAGUUUCUUCACAGUGGGAAACUCUACAAGGCCAAGAGCAACAAGGAGCUGUAUGGCUUCCUCUUCAACGACUUCCUCCUGCUGACCCAAAUCAUAAAGCCCCUGGGCUCUUCGGGCACCGACAAAGUCUUCAGCCCCAAAUCAAACCUGCAGUAUAAAAUGUACAAAACCCCUAUUUUCCUAAAUGAGGUUCUAGUAAAAUUACCCACUGACCCUUCCGGGGAUGAACCCAUCUUCCACAUUUCCCACAUUGACCGAGUCUACACCCUCCGAGCAGAAAGCAUAAACGAAAGGACCGCCUGGGUGCAGAAAAUCAAAGCUGCUUCUGAACUCUACAUAGAGACGGAGAAGAAGAAGCGGGAGAAGGCGUACCUGGUCCGUUCCCAAAGGGCCACAGGCAUUGGAAGGUUGAUGGUGAACGUGGUUGAGGGCAUUGAACUGAAACCCUGUCGGUCACACGGAAAGAGUAACCCGUACUGCGAGGUGACCAUGGGCUCCCAGUGUCACAUCACCAAGACAAUCCAGGACACUCUGAAUCCCAAGUGGAAUUCCAACUGCCAGUUCUUCAUCAAAGACCUGGAGCAGGAGGUCCUCUGCAUCACCGUGUUCGAGAGGGACCAGUUCUCUCCAGACGAUUUUUUGGGUCGGACGGAGAUCCGCGUGGCUGACAUCAAGAAGGACCAGGGUUCCAAGGGUCCAGUUACAAAGUGUCUCCUGCUGCAUGAAGUUCCCACGGGAGAGAUCGUGGUCCGCUUGGACCUGCAGUUGUUUGAUGAGCCUUAGGGAGCCGGCCCAGGGUGUGCUUGGCAGAGCUCCAGCCUGAGGCAGCAGGUGCUGUCUGGAAAUGGUGUUGCUUUUCGAGGACCACUGUUUGGUGUUCAGCCACAGGGCAACAGGACGGCAAAGACAGGACCCUCAAAGCUUCUGGGAAUACUUCUUGACAAUCCUUCCCCCUAAACAAUUUCCCAUUUUGUGAAGCAAAACUGUGUUUUCCUUUGUUUUCGCUGCAGGGCUCAUCAUGGCUUCCAGGGUCUUUGAAAUCCCAUCGCCCCCAGCUACGUUCAGUUGGGAGUCUGACCCAUGCCUGGGCCUGAGGCUUGGGUCUGGUUACUGUAAAAUAGAUUUAUAAAUGCCAUGUCUGUAUGUUUGGAGAACUCAUGUAAUCCUCCUGUUUCUUACCUCCACCAGCCUCCAGGUAGGCCCCCUGACCUAUGAUGCCGAGUCCUUGGUGUGUUUAGAAAUAAUCAUGAUGAUCUUGUUAUUGCUUCAGAAUCUCAUUCUCCCACUGGGACCCUAUUUGAAAUGCUCCCCUGCAUCUGAUCACUCGGGAGACGGUUGCCUGAUCAGACACUGGUCUAGCUCUUUGAAGAGCUGGUCCAUGGAAGAUUCCAGCAGUUGUGCUGUUAGAGCAUUUCCAGUCUCCUCCAGGUCUUUUAUUGCUAGAUGUCAAUGAAAACCAUCACUGGCUCCUAUCAGGUGAUCUGGUUCUGAUUUCCAGCACACUUGGAAGGUGGUUAAGGAAGGUUGUUACCUACCAAGUUAUACUCUGCUGGAUUAGAUCACUGCAGGUCACCUGAAAGGCUACUUUCCGACAUUAUGGGGUCCUGGUUGCCAGCCCGGUUGGAAAAUGCUCUCUUGGCUUGGAGGUCCUGUGAUGUUUCACAAGAGUAGUUGUUGGUGACCAGAUCUGAGCCUACUCUUGCCUGAUUAUCAUGGGAAAUUUCUGCAGAUGUCUUUGGUACGUUCCCCCCAAAGGCAUCCCCAAGGUGUGAGAAGGAAAAAUGACAAUCUGUGGAGGAAAUCUAUUACGUGGUGGGGGAGAGACCCGAGAAGCAUGGAAGCCCCUCAGUUCCAGGGAAGAAGACCUGAGACUCCUUCCCAAACCCUGCUGUAACACAAGCAACCUCUCAGUAAUGGAAAAAUACAUGGCGCCUUGACAGAGUCAGGAGUGUAUGAACACGUGCCAAGUCUGGCUUGUGCUCUUUGAGUUUCUCUCCUUAAAUGCCAGGAGAUAGGCUGCUUAACCACAUAAGAACUUGAUUCGCUAAUGAAAAGCGUGGGCCGUAUUUUGUUUGCAUGAUAAUGUUCUCAUAAUCCCAGUUUGUCGUUUUCAUCUAAUGUUCUUUGCGCGUUCUCUCGGUCCUGGAAUCUAGCUUUCCUGUGUGAGAUGGUGUUCUCUUUGAUUGCAGGUCCUUAGAAUUUGAUUAGGGUUGUAGAAACACUUUUUGAAGAUAGCAUCAACCUAGUGGCAGAGUGAACUACCCACUUUGCUGGGAACUGAAUAUGUCAUGUCAUCCUUUCCCAUAAGAGCCCUGUCAUUGUUCAAGCGAUUUUUAAAAUGUGUGUGUCAGAAAAGGCAACAAAGUUUACAUUUCAUACUUUUAAGAAACACUCUAUUAUUUAUUUAUUAAAGAUAGUGUAGACUUUUGUAUCAAGAACAACAGACAUAAGUAUUUUUUGAAGCAAGCAGAUAUACCCUUUAGUUAGAAACUCUCAACUGAAGACCUUAGAGACCAGGUUCAACUUCAAGCAUGCAUUCGUUUACCACUUUCCAGCAGCAGACAUGGUUCAAAUACUUUAAGUUUAUAUUUUUUGAUGUUGUUAGGAAACUGUUUUAAAUUAAAUCUAUGAAUAGACCUGCCAAUCAUGCUUUCCUAUUCUAUAACAAAUACAGUUUGUUCAGUGUACUUCUGAAGAAGGACAUAUUACUAUGGUAGAAAAAGAAGGGUUACCUGUGUAAAUGGGGUCAUAUUGGGUCACCAUUCCAAUCCCUUUCUUUCUGUUCUCCCUUUUCUUCAUCGGGUUUCUUUGCGUGUGAAUGCCGGGCAUCUCGGUUCAUGUAGGGAGGAUGUGAUGUGCUCAAUGACAAACAUCUUGUCACCUUUUUAGGUCCACCAGGUCCCCCACCCACAGAGUCCCAUUAUCGGAAUUAAUGUAGCAUGAAGAAGCAAUAUGUGAAUUUUUUUCCCAAGUGACUAUACUGAGCAUCCUUUAGAUGCUCCUCCAGGGUAGCAGUUCUGUCCUUUGUACUCACUGGGGUAAUUUGUGAGGUGACUGAUCCUCCUUAUGGAUGAGUUAGGCUGGCCCUCAGAUCCAGGUGUGACUCGUGAGUCAUGUGUGAGAUACAGGAAUGUGGGUGAUGCGUGGAGUCUCAAAUUCUUUGACCUCUAGUCCUUCCCUUCUACCUUUUGGGCUGCCUGGGCUGUGUUUCAUAGAGAUGAAAUGUCCAUUGCCAAUAACUUUCUAUCUCCUAGCUCUUUGCUUUUUUUUUUUUUACGGUACGCGGGCCUCUCACUGCU